AUGCAGUCGAUUGAGGGCUACUACCAGACUCAGCCACCGCCUGGCUUCUCCCUCAAGCGCCGCAGCCGCUCCCCAUCGCCCCAGUCGAACAAGCGUCGCGUGCCAUCGUCUUACGCACCCACGAUCUACACCAAUCUCGCCCCGCCACUCGGCAACAACGGCGCUCGCACGCUCUCGACUGAAGCCGUCGCAAGCACCCCUGCGAGCGAGAGGUCGAGCCCCGGCCUCGACUGGCUGCAGCGAACGCAGGACUUGCAGUUGCAGACGCCGCCUCUCCAGGUCACGCGAGACGCGAAUGGAGCCGUGACUGCGAGGGAUAGGGAUGGAGAUGUCGGGAUGAGCGGAGGAGGUGGGGCGAGCGAUAUCAUGCAGGACGACGACCCGCAACAAAUGCCGAUCCACUCGCCACGCCCAGCCGCCCCUUUCUCCUUUCACACCUCGUCCAAUCCACCCUCCCUGCAAUCCUUCCUCGCCCAGACCGCUCCUCAUGACGCUCCGCCUCUGCAUCAACACCUCGCCGGCUCGCCCCAGGCCAGCGGCAUGUCUCGCUCUUCCUCUUCCUCCUCCGUCCAGUCGAUGCACUUUGCCGCCGCACCUACGUUCCCGACUCUCCCGACGCAUCACGAGCAACAAGACGCGAUGAUGACGCCUGUCAACUCGCCGACAAAGAGGCAGGGCGGGACGGGUGGGUGGAAGGUCACGAUGGGGUACCGGCCGGAUUGUCCAAAGUGCCAACAGAGGAUCCCGGGACACUACUCGCAUGUCGUCUACACCGAGUAG